AUGCAACACGUCAACUCCUAUGGCGUUGUAGAUAUACAAACCCUACUUUCACACUGCAAUCUGAGCACAACACGGAUAUCAGGGUGCUUCAAUUUGUCAAUGACUAAACGGGCACACAAAUUGUCGGAUAUAAUGGGUCAUGAAGGCGGACAUGGCAUUCCAUGUGCCAAAGGGAAAAUAUAUCGUUCACCGCCAAAUCCACCUCAAGCUGCAAUGGAUCGCGCCUGCCCAACACACCGCGCUGCGACUUCCCAUCAUCGAACGCAUCAAGAUUCGCCCAUCACGCCAGGCAUCUGCUCCGUGCAGUCACGCGAUCUGAACUUUCCGCGUUCACCAUGGCUCCGGUACGUAUUUCCGCUCCCGUUGUACCUUGGGUCUUCACCUGUCGUCUCCAACCCCAUUGCUUCUUCACUCAGCGCAAAACCAGAGUUUGCUUUCAAUAUAUUUCCCAACGGCGACCGCGGGUCUAGCCCGCUCCCCUUUUCUAAGCCCGGGAGGACUUGA